AAAUCCAACUUUUCUGUACAUUUCCACGUCACCUGGACGCCAAACAUAAAUUUGGCAUCCUAUGCAAAUAUAUGCUGACGUAAAAGAUCAUGUGGUUUUUGUCGUCGAUCCCCCCUAUGAGCAACGAGGAGGCUUUUUUUUUUUCUCCUCUCUACUGUUGUCUUUAGGUUAGCUAUGCUACAAUCUUUACUGUACCCAGCGCUAGCUAUAUGCGCUCCGCACCGCACCACUCUGGAUAUCUGGGAAUAAUCAACUUCCAGCCCGUCGCUCCCCGCAACUACGCCUCACUCACAGACACCUGAGAAGAAUACUCCGAGUGCUGCUGGUUCCAGAAAAGUUCAAUACAGAAGAUAGAAGAAGCGAGGAGGAAGAGAAGGACGGAGGAGGAGGUGGAAGCUCAAAAUAAAGCCCCGCCCACCCCGGUGAAGCCCCUCCCCUUUGAGGAAGUGCUGAAACGUGUAGAGGACCUCUUUUAACCAGCUGAGCAGCAGUGCCCAGGAACGGAUCAGAGAGCGCAGAAAUCCAAAGGAAACAUGCUUGACCGCCGCUGCUGUCUGUGAUGCCCUCCCAUGACGCCCAGGCUGGGAGCUGACACUGCCGGUGAGCGGGAGACGCCACUGAACAGCCGGUCCUGGGCCCGCGCCAUCAGCUGGGUUUUGCCCUCGCUCCUGCACGCUGGAGACUACUCCUCCACCCACCAACCAGUAUCCACAAUCUUCAGCUAUAUUCCGUCUCAGUAAGAAUCAGCAGCACCAGCACAGCGUUUACCACCAGCAACAGCAGCAGCCAUCAUGUCCGGUCGUAGAAAGUCCUCCACCCCUUGCAUGGUCCGGGUAAUGAGCGACCUGCCCGAUGAGCAAGAAGAUCCAGAGGAUGUGAUGGAUGUGGAAAAAAUGACUGACAACGUUGUGUUAGAGAAUGAACUGUCAGAACCUUCGGAAGGCAACAGGAAGAAAGAUUUGCUGCAGGAAAAUGCAGAAAACACAGACAAGAGGACAUUUCUAAAGCAGGUGGAAACACAAAACCUUGAGCCAUUAGUACAAGAGGAGGAGUCUGAUAAAGGAGAUCAAAGUCAUGUGAUGGAAAAUGUAGAGAUCAGUGGAUUGAAAGACAAAGAAACUGAAUCUGAACAGGUGUCAGAGAAAAAGCAGCCUAGAGGCUACAAAUGCAAAUACUGUCCAUUUCUGACGCAGAAUCUGAGUGACUUUAAGGAGCAUGUAGACUCCAGGCACCCUAACGUCAUUCUGAAUCCACUGUAUCUCUGUGCCGUGUGCAACUUCAACACAAAGAAGUUUGAUUCACUUACAGAGCAUAAUGAAAGCCAGCACCCAGGUGAGACAAGCUUCAAGUUUAAACGGAUACAAAGGAACAAUCAAACUAUCUUAGAGCAGACAAUCGAAGGCAAAGACAAUUCAGCUGAAUGCAAAAUGACGAACGAACAUGGGGAAGGCAACGGCAGCUCCUUGUUUUCACAUUGCAUAUCUACCACAGUGAAAACGCCCAGUAACGUACAGUCACUCUUUGGAGGAGCAGAGCUUCAAAGCCAACUGGACGGCUUGAUCCAGAAGGAUCAGAUCACAGCGUUGAACAUCAACGGAACAGUUAUCAUACCUGAACCCGCCAUGCUUCAAGGGCUCUCUCAUGUCACCCCAAUGCUUCAGCGCCCACCCAACUUUAACUCGGUACCAAAAAUAGCAGUUCCCUUGAACACCACCAAAUACAACCCUUCUUUAGACGACAAUUUGACAUUAAUCUCUUCCUUUAACAAGUUUCCUUACCCAACUCAUGCUGAGCUGUCGUGGCUCACGGCCGCCUCCAAGCAUCCGGAGGAGCAGAUCAAAGUCUGGUUCACCACCCAGAGGCUGAAGCAAGGGAUCACCUGGUCUCCAGAAGAGGUGGAGGAAGCCAGAAAGAAAAUGUUCAAUGGUUCAAUUCCUCCCUCCCAUCACACAUUUACCAGCCCUAUGUCUCAUCCCGCUGCCAAAGCCUCCAAGCAGCCUGUCGUCCACACAACCGUCGAGCACCCAGGUCAGGUGCGGACUAUUGUUUCCAGUGAAUUAAGCAUCGUCUCCACCACAAGUUCUUCUUCAGGGGCAACAAUAGGUUCCAGCCACAACCUUAAACGAUCCCUUCCUACACACUUAGCUUCAGCACUUGGUCCUGAGGCGAAGCGACCCAUCAUGGCGGUCGCCCCCCAUUCUGGUGACCCUAAAGACAAACUUCUUAUGGCUCCUCCACCACCACCUCCACCCCAAAAAGACCGCCUACCAAUGGCUCCACCACCAGUUCCUAUGGAAAUUAAAAGAACUGGAGCAGCUUCAAUGGUCAGUGCAGAAAUGAAAAGGCCAUCUUUCCCAGUGCCUUCAAUGCCGCCACCAUCUUCCUCAUCAGCACUACUAUCUUCCUCUAAAGGGAAGAUCCUCUCUGCAACUGGAAACUCCAAGACCAAGCCGGUUGUCUCUUUGCCCUCCAUGGUGUUUCCGGAGUCCUUAACAAGGCCGAUGAUAGCUCCUCCUCCUAUAUAUGCCCCACCAUUCAAAAACUCUUUGCUCAUCCCUCGUGGUAGAAAUGUUAGUCCCAAAGAAAAACAUGCUAAUACUCACCCUUUGCCUGAUUUGAACCUGCCAAACUCUCCUCCGCUGAUAAACUCUCACAUAAGACGGCCACCCAUCAUCCAGUCUGUCCGCAGUCCAGUUAAAGUCCCUUCACAAAUUCAGGGGUUCUCUCUGGAGGGCAAAAAGCUAAAGGAGCACCAGAGUUUGGAAAUAAAUGCCGGCUACCCCAGAGGAAAUAAGAUUGUCAGUCCUCUGACUGAGGCUAAUGGGACAUCUCGUUCAGAUGGUAAAUUGUUCCAGGACCAGACGUUCCCUGCUCAUAAUAACGGAAUCAUACAUUUGGAUGGUGGCGAUGCACCAGCACUACAAAAAACAGAUUUUCAUCAAAAGUCUUCAGUGAUGACCCAGUUCCCUUUGCUGGAGAGGAUGAAAGGAAAAACAGCAAAACAACUGAAAGUCUUGGAGGAGAAUUUCUUGCGGAACAGCUUCCCCACACACAGCGACGUGGACAAUCUUGCAUCCACGACCCGCCUGUCUCAUCAGGAAAUUGACAGCUGGUUUGUGGAGCGCCGUGCACUACGCGACAACCUGGAACAAGCUCUCCUGAACUCCAUGGGCACCAAGAAGUUGGGCAUUCCUGGUAUAGGAGAGAAACAGCUACAUCCACAGCAGCAACAGCAUCAAACCCUACAGCUGAAUGGGGUCCACAAAACAAACACUAAUGUGGUCAACCUUAAGAGUCCUCCUUUUCCCUCGCAUGCCCUCUCCAUUCCCUCCUCCAUCCCUAACUUAAAUACCUGCUCAGUGCCUCCAGACAGCCGAUCACUGGCGCUCCUCAAGGACGAUUUUGCGCAAACACGGUGGCCUUCCCCUGAGGAGCUGCACCAGCUGGAGGGUCGGAAAGGACUCGCUCGCUGGUUCACCGACACCCGGCUACAGAGUAUGGAGUUGACAGAACUGUUUCACAACAAUGGAAUAAACGGAGGGCAUGGGCAGCCUGCGUGUUCCCCGGAGAGAACAGCAUCCAGCAUCAUCCAACGUUGUCAGGAAGGAGCUGUGACGAACAACAACAACAAAGUGCUCGAGUUGGAGCUGGGUUGGCUGUUGGACCAGCGAUCCAAUAGUCUGAACAAUCAACAGCAUGCUGAGCUCCACGACCAGCUGGCUGGCAGACUGAGGCAGCAGAGUAUGGUCGAAAUGAAGAACGGCUCCCAGAACGGGGGAGUCAUGGGAGGAGCGCGGGAGAUGUUCGGGAGCUGGCUGGAGGACGGGCCUCUGAGGAUGGGACGGGAGCUGCUGCUGGACAGAGAGAGGAAGAUGGCGGAGGAGACGUCCGGGCGGCUCACAGGUUAA